CAUGUGUGCUUCUGGAUGACCGCACGAGGCGUUACCUCAACGCAACAACAACACAACUUCCGGCCGAUCCGAUCCUCACGGACGAGAAACAGAAACGGUAACAGCGUCCUCUUUCCAGAGAUCCUUGUAGGUUUAGUUCUUAAGGUGUAAUCAAACAAUAAAGAUUCGAGUCACGGCUCGUCUGAAGCAGCGUUUGUUUUCUUACUGUGAAUAAAUCAUUGCUCUGCGGAUUCUGUCUUCCAGAAGCAGGGUGAGUAUGAGCGAGGGCGAGGUGUUUCAUGAGAAACAGAGACUGGAGCUGUGCGCUAUCCAUGCCUUGAACAACGUGCUUCAAGAGAGAGUCUUUACCAGAGAGACAGCUGAUGAUAUCUGCAAGCGACUUGCCCCACAGUCUGUGAUGAAUCCACACCGCUCAGUGUUGGGCACGGGAAACUAUGAUGUCAAUGUCAUCAUGGCAGCUUUGCAGAGUCGGGGGCUCGCUGCUGUUUGGUGGGACAAACGCAGGUCAGUACAGAAUUUGUGUCUGGACAAAAUUCAGGGCUUCAUUUUGAAUGUCCCGUCAAGGGUGUCUCUGGGAAUUGUGUCUCUCCCGCUGAGACGCAGACACUGGCUGGCGGUACGGGACGUCAACGGACACUUUUAUAACCUAGACUCCAAAUUAAAAGGGCCUGCCUGUAUUGGAGGAGAAACAGAACUCCGGUCAUUUCUCACUGAGCAGCUUUCUCAAGAUAUUGCAGAAAUGCUCCUUGUCGUCCAAAAGGAAGUAGACGACAAUGGGAUGUGGCUGAAAGCGGACGACACCAGGAAGUGAUGAAACAGAACAUUCUCUCUCUCCUUCUCUCUCAAUGUGGAGUGAUGACGGAGAAAGAGAGAAACACUGGAGCGCCGAAAAGCUUAAUGGAGAGCAGCACUACAAGAAGAUGCUCACAUUCAUCCACAGACACUCACACACGGAGAGAAUGAUCUUGUGUUGCCUCAUAUGAAGGAGGCGUUUAUCUGAAGUCACACGGACUGUGUUUGUGGGAGACACUACUAUAGCUGUGCCAGCCACACCACUCUCCUCUUCUCUCUUUCUAUCCUCUCAGGAACUACCGUCUCUCACUUUAUCUCUAUCUAUGCCCUCCACUGCUGAAGUAGAUCCAAGAUUUGUGUGUCUUUGUAACAACUAUGCACAGAAAUGGUACUUUAGAGUUCAAGUAUGUAUUGUUCAAUGCCUUUUAGACAUGUGUACAUCUUACUAUGCAUAAUCAAAGGAGAUAAGAAAUUGAAGCUCUAUCUCAUAGUCACGUCUUUUACUCUUUAAAGCUGUCUUGCAAACUGCCUCAUUUACAUCGACUCCACCGAAUGGAGGGAAACUGAAUAAAUUUGAUUUGUGUUAUUUA